UAAACGAAAAAAACAAUGUAGGUAAAUAGAAGAAAUUAAAUAAAUUAGCAGAAAUGGAUAGAUUAACAAAAAAAGAGAAGGAAUAUAAAGAAGUAAUUGAACAGCAAAAGGAACAGCUUGGUCGUUAUGAGAAGAAAUUGAGGGAUGUUGUUCAAGCCUACAAAGGCAUUCAAAAAGAAAAGGAAGCCUUGGAAGCAAGUUUAAAGGCUUUGGCUGAGGCCAAAAAUUCAGCAGAUGAUGGAAAUUCUGCAGAAAAUAUUUCUGGAAUUGAUUCAUCUACAUCUCUUGAAGGCAUUAAGAAUGACACAGAGGAUGGAGCUUCUGCAAAUAAGGAAAGAGAUACUCUUAGACUACUGAAAACCCAGUUGACUACUUUAUCUGAGUCAUUGGCAACCAUAACUGCUGAAAAAUCAAGAAGUGAAGCUAAUUUCCAACAAGAUCGCAAAAGACUUUUACUAGAAAAAGAGAGUUUGGAGAAAGCAUUAGCAGGUGCCUGUAAUCAGGCAGACAUUGCCUCACAGUCAUUUAAGCAGCAACUGUCUGAGCUUAAAUCUAAUCUUAGCACUGAAAAGGCUGAAAGAAGCAGAGAGUCAACAAAUAAUCAAGUGAUUCUGAGAGAACUGCAGAAAACUAUUGCAGAAGAGAGGCAAAAAAGAGAAAACCUUGAAUCAGAACUCAAUAGUAAAUCUAGAUUGUCACACCAAGCUAGCAACCAGUCUUCAAACCAACUGGAAGUUGCUGAAAGAAAGUUUCGGGAUCUCAGUAAUGAACUUGAAUCAACUAAAAUGAAACUGUUUGCUGCCGAGCAAAAACUCCAACAGCCAUCUCAUUUGAUGCAACUUCAGAACGAAAUGGCUGAUUUAAAGAUACACCACCGAUUGGCUAUCCAGCAGGAACAGCGAAAUGCGCUCGAGGCUAAGGAAGAUGCGCGAAAGCUAGCCGAAGCUCAUGAAAAGAGAGUUGCCAGUUUAGAAGCUCGCUUGGCGGAAUUUUCCGAGCGGAUCGGUUCCUAUGACCGUUUACGACAACAAGACCUGUCCACUGUCUCGAAACUUAGGGAGCAAUUGAACACCAUGCAAAGUGCACCAAGCCAAGCUUCCAAUCACAACGAAGAAGAAUAUGACGUUCCAAAAAUUAUCGAUAAAAUAACUUCAUUGAAAAAUAGGUUAAUGGAAGUCAACCGUCGGUCGAAUGCAAACAUUAAUCUCGCUGCGAUUUUUGAAUUAGACAAUGCCAGUUCAGACUCUGAUCAUCACGAAGCCUGUCAGUUGGAAUUGCAGCAACUGAAACAUGAACUUGAAUGGUACAAACGCGAUGAAAAACCAGUCGACGUAAAAGCAGUUGCCGUAGCAGCUCACACUGAAGAAGAAGUCAAUCAAAUGCGUGUUCAAAUCCAGUUCCUCCGCAGUGAAAUGGAACACGGUGAAGAGGAGCAUAAGGAUUCGAUGCGAUCGAUCCAAGAAUCUUGGGCCAAAGAGCGUAGCGAGUGGAAGGAUGAAAUGGGCCAAAUGGAACGCACGUGUCGUGUUCGUGUUGCCGAUAUGGAGCAACAGCUUCAAAAGCAAAGGGAGCGAUCCCUGACGCUGUUGCAGGAAAAGGACGAAGAACUCGCCAGCCUCCGCGAAUCGUUAAACUUGAAAAGCGGAUCGGCUUUGUCUCCUGUCACUUCUAGUACUAAAACCAGCGACUCGAAUGACGAGUGGCCUGAAUCCUUGGCCCCUCUUGCCUCGAUGACGUUAGGAGCUUCUGCCAGUGGUGGGCAAAUUUUGCAUUACGUGGAAGAACUAGCCCGGAAGGAGGGGGAGAUUCUUGGUCUGCGUCGUUCCAAGAAUCAGCUGGAAGCCUCUCUCCGUGAAAUGCAAAUGGCCUUUGUUACCAUGGAGCAUAAAGUUGCCGAGCAGAAACAGCAUCUGCACGAAGAACUGGCUCGUUUGGAGCGCAAUCAAUCGCGUGAAGGCGCUAAUUUGGAAUACCUGAAAAACGUCCUUUUGGAGUUUUUUCUCCACUCUGAUCCGUCCUCUCAGUCUCACAUGUUCAACGCCAUCGCCGCCUGCCUCCAUUUUUCACCGAAAGAGAUCCAGCGAGUGCGAUCCCAGCAUCCCAAAUGGAAACUGAAUUUGGUUUGAUCCAGUCCUGCUGCAUUUUAUCCGCCAGCUAUUCCUAGUAAGUUGGAAAUCGCCUCUGCGGCAAAUUUUCACUCUUUCCAUUUCCAAGUGCCCUUGUAUUACUUUCAUAAGACUAUAUAUUAUAUUAUGUUGCUUCAGUUAAACCACUCGAAUUUCAAAUGGAAUCGAUUUGUCUUAAUCUCAAUAUACCAACAGUCAAACAUUUUA